AAUAAUAGUUUUGUGCAAAUAUUUCUAAAACUUUUACAAAUAUAAUGAAAGAAUGCAAAAACUUACUUAUGAGAAAAGUAAUAUAAGGAAAAAGUUAAAAUGUUUACAAAAAAGUGCUUUGGAGAGGGGCCUAGAUCGAGUUUUAAUUGGAAAAUUUAGUAAUAUCUGUGAUGUAAAUAAAAAAUCGAAUGUAGGUUUCAAAAGCGCAAUUUUGUCAAUAGGUGUAGCUUUUAUAUCAGCAGCUUUAGUUGGGUUAGCGGUUGAAUAUUUAUUAAGUGCAAGAUGUCUGUUACCUAUUAAUCACUUGGUGUGGGAAGCGACGCGGCCUCUCGCCGAUUGUAACUAUUGUGCUAAUGUUACGAAACCCAUUAUAUUGCAGAACAUUACUCGACGAAUUUUUAGGAACUAUGCAUACUCGCCCAAACCUAUCAUAGUAAAAAAUGCAAUAAAACAUUGGAGAGCUGCUAAUGAGCUAAAUUUUUAUAUGUUCAAAAGACUGUAUGAAGAAAUUUCUGGUAGCUAUGAAAGUUUGGAUGAAGGAUGUCAGUUUCUUAAUUUUAAAACCAACUUAUUUACAUUGAAAGAAGUCUUCGAGAUGCCAGCAGCUAGGGCUAGAAAUGAGCCAGGGCAAGAGCCCUGGUAUGUAGGAUGGGGUAAUUGUCACCCUGAUAUAUUAAAUGAAGUAAGAAAAUUCUACAGUAUACCAGAAUUUCUUCCUGAGGACGCCGAGUAUCCAGCAACUGAAAAUAUAUUUUUUGGAUAUGAAACAGGAGCUGUAAUGCAUUUAGACUACAUCCCGAGACUGAUGUGGCAAGGCCAAGUGAAAGGUAAUAAGACUUGGUUUGUAGUACCGGUACCUGAAUGUGAACAUAUUUGCAAUAAAUUCCAAUACUAUGUUGAACCAGGGGAUGUGGUGUUACUGGAUACUCGUCUUUGGUACCAUGCAACAAGAAUCCCUAGAGGCCAAUUUUCGCUGACCAUACAAUCAGAGUAUGGUUAAUCCUACAAAUACAAAUGCUUUAGUACAAAACAGUAUUAUUUACAUAUCGAGAUGCCAAAGUUGAAAUUAAUUUAUACAUUUUUUAUAUGUGCCAUUUUAUUCUUGUGUCACUAUUUAUAAUUAGCUUUAAGCAUACUAAUUUAUUAUACUAAUAUCAUAUUUAUUUAUU